CCGCUUGGCAAAGCGGAGCCGAUUCAUCCUUCAGUCGAUCCAGUGGCCUCCUGCUCGCGGCUGGCCUAUCCCCACCUACCCAACCAGAGCUACACAUCCCCCGCUUCCAGCUUGGCACAGUAGAACCGAUUCGUCAAUCCGUCGAUCCAGCGGCAGCAGCACGGCUCCUCGCCCUCCUGCUCGCCUAUCCCCGAAGCGAAAUAGAGCUGCAUCCCCGCCUUCCUCUCCCCCUCAAAUCCUACUAGAUCCACAUAGCACAAGAGCUUGGAGAGAUCCCGAAUCCAAUCCAAUCCCCAACGGUUCGAUGGCAAGCACCGCUGAGAUCUACUCCCUCCCUGACACCUUAUCCAACCUUGUAGGAAGCUGUUCCGACCAGGAGUUGAUAUCUCGUCUCAGAGAAUACGGUGCGCGGGCGCAGUGCCGUGCGUGGGAGCGUGCGUGGGAGGCCAUGGACAUCAGUAAAUUAUUCAAACACACCCGUUACCUUGUGCGCCAUGGCUCGGAGGCCAUGGAUGAUGUCUGGAAGACGGAUCACGGGACUUGGUCGUCGAAAAAAUUGGUCUCCAUCCCUAACACCUCCCAAGGUAAUUCCCCCAACUCCCCUAGAUUCGUGGGGACGAAGACGACGAUGGAGUUUAAACCCGCGGAUGGCAGCAAGGCGGUUGUUAGCAUGACACGGUACAACCUACUUACGACUAGGGACGAUGGUGAUGGAUUGGAUCUGGAUGAGGAUCUGGCUUUAUGUCAUGUCUUCCCGCUGGAAGGAAAAGGCAAGGGCACCCGGAACCGGAAUGGCAAAAGACCACGAUCAGGACAUGCAGUGGAUCCACGCGAACCCAUUACCCGUGACGGCCUGGAAGAAUUGGACCAAAUGAUGUCCAAUUCCAAAAAGUAUCCAAUUCCCGAUGUGGACAUGGAUGUUCAUCUGCUCUUGGCUAAUCAACCGUCAAAACAUUGGCAAAACUUCACCAAGAUACACACCAAAAAUCCUAAACUUAUGUACGCAGCUUGCAACCACUGCGACUGCGACACGGUGUUGAAGUUAACAGGUGGUCCCAGUUGUGGCACCGGCUCCCUCAAGCAUCAUAAUGACUCCUGCCGAUGCAAACCCAAGCAGGAGCAGCUGCCCGGCAGCUCUUCAUCGACGCCUAUUCCGUCCAUUGCAUUGCAGGCCAUCGCGGAACAAUUAUAGGUAGUGCAGUUCAGAUCAGAGGUAGUUUAGCUGAGGUAAGAUGUAGUGUAGUUGAGACUGAGCUGCCUCAAAGAGGAUUGAUUGCUCGUCUCGCGGUGUAAAUCCUUGUAUUCAUUUGUGUUUCAAUGAGGACAGUGAAUACGAAGCGGAGGUGUGGAUGUUUGCCAUUUAGGAUCGCUUUA